GGGCAGUAAGAUCGAGCGAGGAGCCCAAGAGCGAGCGCGCAGCCCGAGAGCUCGAGCCGCCUCCGCCGCGAGACCCCAGCCCGGCCGCCGCCGCGCCACGAGAUCCGCACCGGCCUCCCAGAGCGAGCCCGGCCGCCGCGACCACCAGCCGCGCUAACCGCCGCCCAACCGCCACCGAGGUGCCCGCAGAGAGCAGAGCAGGCGGCAUGAGCGAGGCGGGCGAGGCCACCACCACCACCACCACCACCACCACCACUACCACCACCACCACCAACCUCCCGCAGGCUCCGGCGGAGGCGGCCGCCGCGGCCCCCCAGGACCCCGCGCCCAAGAGCCCGGCGGGCAGCGGCGCGCCCCAGGCCGCGGCGCCAGCGCCCGCCGCCCUGGUCGCAGGAAACCCCGGCGGGGACGCGGCCCCCGCAGCCACGGGCACCGCGGCCCCCGCCUCUUCAGCCACCGCCGGCGGCGAGGACGCGGAGAAAAAAGUUCUCGCCACCAAAGUCCUUGGCACCGUCAAAUGGUUCAACGUCAGGAAUGGAUACGGAUUUAUAAAUCGAAAUGACACCAAAGAAGAUGUUUUUGUACAUCAGACUGCCAUCAAGAAGAACAACCCACGGAAGUACCUGCGCAGUGUAGGUGACGGCGAGACCGUGGAGUUUGAUGUGGUGGAAGGAGAGAAGGGUGCAGAAGCAGCCAAUGUGACCGGCCCAGAUGGAGUCCCUGUAGAAGGGAGUCGUUACGCAGCUGAUCGGCGCCGGUAUAGACGUGGCUACUACGGCAGACGCCGUGGACCGCCCCGGAGUUACGCUGGGGAGGAGGAGGAGGAAGGGAGCGGCAGCAGUGAAGGAUUUGAGCCCCCUGCCACUGACGGGCAGUUCUCUGGGGCCCGGAAUCAGCUGCGCCGCCCCCAGUACCGCCCUCAGUACCGGCAGCGGCGGUUCCCGCCUUACCACGUGGGACAGACCUUUGACCGCCGCUCACGGGUCUUUCCCCAUCCCAACAGAAUGCAGGCUGGUGAGAUCGGAGAGAUGAAGGAUGGCAUCCCGGAGGGAGCACAACUUCCAGGACCGGUUCAUCGAAAUCCCACAUACCGCCCGAGAUACCGCAGGGGACCGCCUCGCCCGCGACCCGCCCCAGCUGUCGGAGAGGCUGAAGACAAAGAGAAUCAACAAGCAGCCAAUGGUCCAAACCAGCCGUCUGCUCGCCGUGGGUACCGGCGUCCAUACAACUACCGACGACGCCCCCGUCCUCCCAAUGCUCCUUCACAAGAUGGCAAAGAGACCAAGGCAGGUGAAGCACCAACUGAGAACCCUGCUCCAGUGACCGAGCAGAGCAGUGCUGAGUGACACCAGGCUCCCCAGGCACCUUCACCAUCACCAGGGUGACCUAAAGAAUUAAUGACCAUUUAAAAAUAAAAUGAAGCAAAAAGCAAACCAUGACCUUAAACCAACACCAAAGAAACAUCUAAGCAAUAAAGUGGACAACUAACCAAGAUUUGGACAUUUGAAUGUUUACAAUUUUACUCUUUUAAGAAACUAACAACUGCAGAUGGAAGAUGUCAGCCAGUGUUCCCAGCAAGCUGAGACCCUGGGAAUACCUGCACAACAGAUAAGAGAGCAACCUCCCCAGUUUCAGCAACCACUAGGUUUCUAUUUUGUUCCUGGUUUUUACUGUUUUGGUAAUAUGAAUUGAAAGAAGAAAUAUACCACAUGGGGAGAACCCCCAACCAAAGAAAUCUGAAAUAUAUAGUAAAUGCUUUUUUUUCCUUUUUUGUUCAUUUUGGAUGCUGGUGCUAAUCUUCCACGUGUCGUGAUUUAAAAAGAAAUUUUAUGCCCUUAUUUAUUUCUAGGAUGAGGGGAGGAUAACAUUUUUGCUUUCUUAUGUGACUCUUUUAAAAACGUGCAGUAAGAUGUUCCUCAAAAAUAAAAUUUUUACCCUUCAAAGGAAAAAA